AUGGAAGCGCACAUUGAAGGCUACGAGCCGGUCGACAGUAAUUUCACGGCAAGUCUGCCUGAAAUAGUAUCUUAUCACAGGUCAGUUCAUACGAUUAUUUUUCAUUGAACUCAGGAUAUCCUUAUGAAUUAUAAAUAUUUUUCAGAGUGAACUCCAUCAUCGGAGCCGUGUGUACGAUUCUGAACAUCCCGCUGCUCCUUAUAUUCCUCACUUCUCCCAAGUUGCGACACAAACAUCGGAACAGAGUCAUCCAUGCCUUCUAGACAACUUCGAAAUCUGAAUAUUUUCAGAUACUCAUAACACUGUGCGUGGCCGACACAUUCAACACGCUGAGCAUCUACUUUAUGGGCCAGAACCGCGUGGACCUCUACUCCAGCGUCAUAACUUUCCGACAGAUCCCGAUUCGAACCUCCUGGGACUGCGCCUUGGAGCCUUGGCUUUUUCUCCGAACCAUCGGUACGGCUACAUUUACUCGUAUGAACUUGACACAGCUUCAGGCGACAUUUGGCCCCCGACAAUCCAGAUGGUGAUAGGUAUCGAAAGAGCUGCUGCCGUCUUCGUCCCUGUUUGGUUCCACAAAAACGGUCGCAACAGGUGA